GUUUACGCAGAAGAUAGAAAUUAGUAUGAGAUCUAUCAUUUUGAAUAUGUUGGCUCUAUAUUUUGUUUGAUAAGAUAAUUAAUCUGAAAAGAUUCUAACGUCACAUUGACAGAAUAUAAAUUACCGAACGAAUUGUAAUAUUGAAAUGUAUCAACGUUCGUAGUUUCAGUGUUUCACAUAACAACAUUUUUAAAAUGAGUGCAAAAUCUUCUUCAAGAAAUGCUGAUAUUUUGCAAAAGAAAAUUCCUAGGAAUCCAAAGUAUGAAAAUGUCCAAGCAACAGUGGAUACAGGAGCAAGUGUUACCAAAUACAUGAGGAAAAUAGAGGACAUCAAAAAAAAUUACAGAUAUAGGAAAGAUGAGCUCUUUAAACGAAUGAAAGUCUCCACAUUUGUUCAACUGGUGAUCCAAGUAGCUGAUAUCGAAAGACAAGAUCUUGAGACAGCUAGGGAUGAAACAAUGAUAUCAGGAACUCCAUAUACAGGUAGACCAGAUACUGUGGGUGAUUCUGAACUUAAACAUCUUGAUGCAUCCAGCCCUGUGCCUUCACUAGCUUUGACCGAGGGUGACUACGGAGCACCUGCCCCUGAUACGAUGACAUCUAGGUCUACAAUGCAAAGUGUUAUAAGUGGAGUUGGAGAAAUUGACAUAGAAAGUAAUAAACCAGUGACAGCUGGGAGACCCUCAGAAGACACGGACACAUGUCCAUAUCUCUUACUGGACUGCAGAGAUAGAGAUGAAUUUGAUCAAUGUCAUAUCAUAUCAUCUUUAUGUUACCCAAUGGCCAUGCUGUCACGUACUUGUAAUGGUGAACUGAAGGGAAUGCUGCAGUAUAGAAACCAAGAAGGUAAAAUAAUUGUGAUCUAUGAUGAUGAUGAGAGAAGGGCAUCUAAAGCUGCUACAACACUGGUAGAGAGAGGCUACACUAAUCUGUUCAUGUUAUCAGGAGGUCUAAAAAUGGCAUGGAAAUCAUUCCCCAAGGGUCUUAUCACAGGGACAGUCCCUUUCAGUAUCUCCAACCAGAAAACCAAACAAGUUCUCCCUGCCACGCAAAAAGAGUUUGACAAUGAUGAUAUAGAUGAACUACUGCUACAACUUGACAACGUAUUAGAAGAUAAAAGUGUAGGAAGUCGAUUAAGUUCCAGAUCAAGGACAGGGGGUGCGUCAUCAAUGUCCAAUCAGACAGCUAGGUCCAAUAUGACUAACAGGUCAACACGACCUGCCUUCAAGUGAAAAUCUGACUAACAGUCACCAAUCCCGUCCAAUACAAUUGUAUAUAAGCACUCAUCCAGUAUUUGAGUAUGUUGGAGAUGACAACAUAUCAGCAACACAUGUACUCUUGCACAACUGUACUACAGCUCAUGUCCAUCUGUACUACAGCACCUGUACUCCUGUGCAUCUGUACUACAUGAAAUGUACUUAGCAACUGUACUAUGUCAUGUACACCAGUACUUAGAUGAUACUCAAAUCCAGUUUAAUGGAUAUUUCUGUGUAAAACACUCACUACAUGUCUCAGAUGAUACACAACACUAGACUAGAUCACAUUUUUGUUACUACAGGGUGUUCAUAAAAACACAUCAGUUCUAGUUUAAAAGAUGUAUCUUCAAUAUAUGGACACCCUGUACAAUUUUACUAUAAAAUUGCAACUAUUGAAUAUGUAUUUAAAAAUAUAUAUAUUCUAGACUUUGAAAUAUAUAUAUGUGCUUGUAUGUGAUAUUAUUUUGUAACAUAAUCAUAAUUUUAAAACCAAAGGGAACCAGCUACAGAGAAUUUUAAAAAUUUGGACGAGUUCUUUUUGAAAUAUGUGACCUUACAGUUGAGGUUUUUUUCAUGUUAUCAAUUUAUUUCUAAUUUAAACAAUUACAAUCAAUGAUAACUAAUUGCUAUUGAGAUAUAAGCGAUACUUCUCUGUUCUGCAUGUAUUGUGUUCUUCUCAUCUUAGAAAUACAUGUAUACCGUGAAAGAAAACUUUUCUUUCCUUUGGUUUAUAUCUGUUUGAUUUUAUUUGUUGCAUAGAUGUGUAGAACUAUUGCAUAGAACUAUUUUGAAUUUGAGUAGAAGGAUUCAAUAUGACAGAAGUCUAUGCAUUGCCCUUUGAUGGUUUAUCCACUUGCAUGUUAAUGUUGCAAAAACUAUGAUAUUGUUUGAAGAUUUUAUUAAUGUAAAUAAAUGUAUACAAUAAUGAUAUCUAAAA